AUAGCGUGCAAACCUUGGAGAUUAGCGUAGCACUAGAGUUUGGCCCUCGACCAACCAUUGAGGGAGUGGUCGUGAUCUGCAAUAGCCACUCUACAACACCGAAAUCAAUGUCAAAUACGUGCAAGGAUCAAGAUAAAGCCCAGAGUGGGAUGACGCUCUCCAUGCUUGUCCGUACUCCAGCCAGCUUGAUCACGCCCUAUACCAUGCAACCGUUAGGAGCAGGGCUUCUUUCUACAAAAGAAAUUGAUUGGAUGGAGGAGAAGAAAGGAGAUAGUCUCCUAGUGCACGUGGGUGAAGUGAUAUGGGGGCGUCUUAAUAUGGGCCCAGCUCUGGUCGUCACAGAAGGCUUGGACGAAGAAUGGUUAAUUCAGAUUGACGGAUACACUACGGCUACACAUACAAGCGACCAUCUGGUUAGCCUCGAGUGUCGAGGGGAGCUACGGCACGCUGGACAUGAAGGCAGUAAAGCUGUUUACGACAAUCAUGAAAUAUAG